ACAGAAGAAACAUUUGAAAUCUUACAUCAUUCAAUCAGAUGCGUGAAUAUUUUGGUUAGAUAUAACAGCUGAUAAUUAUCUUAUUUUAGAAUAAAAUUUAAUUUAUGUGAAUAAAAAUGAGUUUUAACGAUCUCGUGCACUGGUAUCAAAAAAAAAUUGGUACAUAUGAUAAGCAACAGUGGGAGAAAACAGUGGAACAAAGAAUUCUUGGUGGAUUUACUAAUGUUCCAAUGAAAACAGCAAAAUUGAAAACAGAAUUUAUAGAUGUUGACUUAGUACGAGGUUCAUCAUUUCCAAAAGCAAAACCAAAACAUGGUUUAUCUACUGUGGCAUGUUUAGCGUUGCAACGUCUUUUAUUUCUACCUCUAUAUAAGACAUGGUGGAGCCAACAAACAAGUAUUCGAGUGUUUGUCUUAUUUCUGUUAUUGUAUAGCUUGCAAUUGAUCAAUGUCUUACUAUAUUUUGCUUAUGGAGACAGAGAAAAUGAGGCUGAUAUAGUUUCAACAUCAGAGGUCUUUAUACCAAGUGUUAUGAUGUUAAUAUUAUGCUUAGUUCAUUCUCACAUUGUAUCAACGAAUUCUGGGCCUAUGGAGAUUAAUGGUUAUAGUAGGCAAAAAGUUAUUAGACGAUCAAGACAUGGUAGAUGCAGAAUUAGUAAGUCAAGAAGUAGAUCAAAUUUAAAAGUUCACGAUGACUCUAAAUCUUCGCAAGAUACUGCAUCAGAAAAGGCAAGUACCAUAAGUAGAGAGGCACUUACUUCUGUACGGUUUGCAAAAAAAGUCAUGAUUGAAAAUUCCUUGACUCUUAGUCAAUCGCAGGAAUUCCUUCCUCAUUCAACUUGUAAUAAAGAAAAGUUGAAUAUAUCAAUGAAUAUACCUUCUAUAAAUGAAGAUUCUAUCAAUUGUAAUCAACCAGACAUUCCUCCAGCAGAAAAUGUAGAAAAUCCAGAUAUUGUACAUCAAGAUGACGAUGGAUUUGAAAGUUUAAAUGGGAAUGUAUCUAGCGAUAAUGAUAGGACAGUUAAUAAAUUCUUACAACAAACAAACAGAGAUCAAAUCAAAUUAUGUGAUAAAGAAGGAAAUAUGUUUCAAUUGGAAGCAUCUAGUAGCCAACAAAUUUUACUUCAACCCAAAUAUUCAGCACCUGACCCAUUGAAGAAAGGAGGAAACUUUUCCGACAGUGAAGGAGAUGGAUGCAUUGAGAUGGUAAACCAAACUCUGAUUGAAAGAGAUGAAUCGCCGACUAUAUCAGAAAUAAGAGAAGGAAGACGACAGUGUGAAAGUGAGGAAGAAGGUGAGUGCGAGGAUGCCGCAACGAAUCAUUUAACCGAAGCGACAACAUCUGCGACAGAGUGGAUGGGUGUGACAACGAAUAGCGAUGAAUGCAGUUAUAGUUCAGAACUGGAAGAAUCAGAUUUGCAUAGCGAGGCCAAUUUAAAUUAUAGCGAAUUUAUAGAACAUCCUUUCUCUUGGGAAUUUGGAUUACCUCCUUCUAUUUUAUUAAGUUCCAGUUGUGCUUCAUCCGAUCGCAUUUCGUGUACUAUUUGGACAAGACGCGAUGUCAAGAAAGCAGAAUUGUCAGUACUUGAUAUUAGUUCUGCUAUUAUAGCAAGAGUAGAGUCAAUGCCUGAAAGUAUGAAUUAUUUUUAUGGUGGAUUGAUAUUAAGUAUUGUAUUGUCUUUAGUACCGUCAAUUAGACGAGUAACUGACACUCUUGGAAUAGAUAACAGUGGCAAUACAACUGUUUCCAUAAUACCAGAUGAUCUCAAACAAGUUAAUUUAGAAACAUAUACUGAUAUUUUAUGUAGAUUAAUUGAUAUUGCUUUUGGAGAUACAAUACUGAAACGUAUUAUUGUUUUAAUCUCUGCCUUUGAAAGACUAGCAUUAUCUUGUCUCUUAUUCUUUUUAUUGGCAGUGGCUGAACGGACCUAUAAACAAAGACUCUUGUAUGCUAAAUUAUUUUCUCAUUUGACUUCAUCGAGACGUGCUAGAAAGUCUGAUUUACCCCAUUUUCGGCUAAACAAAGUGCGAAAUAUAAAAACGUGGCUAAGUGUUAGAUCAUACUUGAAGGUAUCACAAAGAUAUUAUACUGUUUCUUUAAUAAAUGUUCUUUGCACUUUUUGGAUUGAAGGUAUGUAUAUUUAUUAUCAUGAAACUUUACAGAGAAGAGGGCCGCAACGUUCUGUUGAUGUUAUAGUAUCUUCAGUUUUUAUUGUUACAUUAUUAUUACUAUCUUUCAUUAGUUUGGAACUAAUUAAGGAUCUGGAAAGUUUACAUUCGCAGUAUAAUGUCGAAGCAUUAUUUUGGAGUUUUUCAUUAGGGAUAUUUAUCUUGCGUUUUAUGACGUUAGGAACCAAAGUUAAUAAAAAAUAUAGAAAUCUUUCCGUUUUAAUAACUGAACAGAAGAAAUAUUUCUUUCAGAUAAAUCUGUAUCUCCAAAUUGAACAAAAACCCCAUAAAAAGGAGGAGCUAAUGGUAGCAAAUAGUGUAUUAAAAUUAGCAGCCGAUUUGAUAAAGGAACUCGAAAGUCCCUUUAAAAUAUCUGGCCUAUCUGCUAAUCCAUAUCUUUAUACGAUUACAAAGGUGGUGCUAUUAUCAGCCCUUUCUGGAGUCCUAUCAGAAUUACUUGGUUUCAAACUUAAAUUACAUAAGAUAAAAAUAAAGUGAGAUGAAGUUUUAUCUCGCUUAUCUACCUCGAUGUUACAGACUGACUGGUGAAAAAAAUUGCAUGACGUAUCAGCAUAUCUGUACAUUCUAAUUAUUUCUUAUUUUUGAUCAGAUCUAUAAAAAUUACUAGUACAUUCGAGAAAUUAUAUACGAUUAGUUUUACGAUUACAAUUAAAUAAAUAAACACCUCUAUUGCGCGGUGUUUUUUAAUAAUUUUUAAAUCAAUGUUCUUGUGAUAAUUGCUCAAAGCAUGUACAUACAUGUACAUGUGCUUGAAAUAAUACGUACUGUUAUAAAUAUUUUCAACUUUAUAAUGGAAGCAAUUAAUGGAAGCAAUUGUAAAUAGUUAUUAGAAAAAACUUGACGUUAUUUUUUAUUAUUUGAACUAACAGCUUAUAAUUUACUUAAAAGAAAUUUAUAUGUAAACAAUCAUUGUCUAAAUAAUCCAAGAUAUCAAUUUGAUAUAUUCAUUUGAUUGAUUAUUUCUAUAGAAUUAAAGGGUUGCACGUAUAUUUAUUUAUGCAUAAUGCAUUUUUCUAAUCAUUAGUCAAUUUUGUAUUUAACUACUAUUGUAUAGUUUUUUGCAAAAUAGUGUAUAGUGUAUAUAAUUACAUACACAAAGUUAUUACGAAUUAUUAAUUCGACAAUAUUCUAAUAAAAAAGAAUAUAUAUAUAUAUAUAUAUAAACUAAAGGUUGCGUCCAUAUUAUAAUUUUAAAAGAAAUGAGAAAUAUUAAUCGAAAAAACUUCGUGUUAGAAAUUUUAGCAGUAUCAAAAGAAGUUCAUUUCUUGCUUUAACAUAUCGCUGAAUUUUUUGACAAAUAUAUAUUUCUUUUUAACAGUUGUACAAGUGAUAACAGUAUGUAAAUAUUCUAAUGUAUAAUGUAUGUGAAAAAAAAAAAAUAGUACCUGUGCAAUACAAAAUUAUAUUAACUAUA